GGGGUAACAUUAAACCAACACGGAACAGAUGAUUUACAUAGAUACAACCUAUCCAGGCCCUUAUUCCAUAGCGAUUGACCUAAGCGAGAUAUUUUCUUCGGAAUCCUAUCGAAUAGGAACUCUGCACAACUCCGAGGGUGACUAUACUAAUUCCCGAUGCCCCUCACGUCUAGCCAUAUCUCACAGUUCCCAUCAUAAAGAGUUGGGGUAUCAUUGAUCACGACGUUAUACACUGUCUCAAAUAAACCCCACAUCCACACCAGGAAGGGCAUCUCGCAUGUUUAAACACGUGGAAACCACCACACCAACUGGUAGUCCCUGAAGACAAACAUUCCAUAUCGGCCUGUAACUUGUCGAUUUACCCGCUGGUGUCCAGGCCAACAGGCGCAGGUACCAUGUGCCGAAUAUCAUCACGAUAGUAGCUUGGCUAAUACCCGGCUGGGCGCUCAUGCGAGCCUCUCUUUGCUGUGGCCGGAGAGCGGGUAUACAUGUUCCGACCCAACACCUCUUUCUCAACGGGAUGUAAUAUCAUCAACGGUCACACAACGAAUUUGCGUUAGACCUCGGAGUGGCUGGAUAUUUUUCCAGAAUAGUUAACUUCAAAUUAAAUCGAGAUGAGAAAGUUCAUACUUAGGUUUACUGAUAUAAGCUCACGGCCGCUCAGCUAUGCCUCUUUCCAAGGGCUCUUAGUAGAAGCCGCCUAGCUGAUUGAACAAAAUGAAAUCGAACACACAGAAAGGGAUGUUUUCACGCGCGAUAGCACUCGCGCUUUUAAUCGCGGGUUACGCAGUUGCGGCACCAGCUCAAGCAACUGAAUAUGACUAUGUUGUGGUCGGCAGCGGUCCUGGCGGCGGUACACUCGCGGUGAACUUAGCCAAGGCCGGAUACUCUGUCUUCCUACUCGAAGCCGGUGACGCCAGCACGGCUACUGGCUUCGGUCAGUAUCCGCCGGGUAUAACAUGGGACUUCUUUGUCAACCAUUACCCAGAGGGAGACUCUAGGAAUAACCAGUAUAGCCAUUUGACCUGGCGGACUCCUCAGGGUCGUUACUGGGUUGGACAGACAGGUGCCCCAACGGGCUCUAAGAUCUUGGGCGUGUACUAUCCUCGUGGCGCAACCCUCGGUGGUUCCAGCAUGAUCAAUGCUAUGUGCACUUGGCUCCCUAGUGACAGUGAUUGGAACUAUGUGUACGAGAUAACUGGAGACGCAACUUGGAAAGCCGAGAACAUGCGCAACAUAUUCACCAAAAUCGAGCACAAUAACUACAUGGCGAAAGGCACAGCCGGUCACGGCUUCGACGGCUUCUUCCAGACCAACAUGGGCUCCAAGCUUCAAGCCCAAGGCGGCCGCCAGUUGGUUGGCAACAAAGUCGCGGCAGCCUAUGCAUCUGAUCUCAAGCUAUCCAUGUCGAUGAAUGAGCUCCUUCAGCGAGACCCCAACGUUCUAUCUGCGGACCGCGACACGACGUCUAGUAUCUACGGUUUGGUUCAGCACCAGUACAGUAACGGCGGCCGGUACAGCGCACGCGAUUACAUCCAAGCGGCGCAGAAAAACACCUCAAUCCCACUCACGGUCUCACUCAACUCCCUUGCCACGCGGGUUCUCUUCGAUACCACCGGCAACAAAUGUGUCUCUUCCAAGGCCGACGUCCCACGGGCCACGGGCGUCGAGUAUCUGGAAGGGAAAUCACUGUACGCGGCCGAUAGCCGUCGCUCGGCUAGCGCAACCGGAACAAAGAAGACUGUCACAGCCAGACGAGAAGUGAUUGUCUCGGGUGGCGCGUUUAACUCGCCUCAGAUCCUCAUGCUUUCGGGCAUUGGGCCUGCGGACCACCUGAAGCAGUUCAACAUCACCGUGAUCAAAGACCUGCCAGGCGUCGGACAAAACAUGAUGGAUAAUCAGGAGAUGCCCAUCGUUGGCUCUGGCAGCGCUGGCACAGGCGACGCCGGUGUAGCUAUGAUUCGGACUGCCCAUGCUGCGCAUGGCAACGAGCGCGACAUGUUCUUGAUGGGAGGACAGGGCUUUCUCUUCCGCGGGUUCUGGCCCGAUAACCAAACAGCUCGUCUGCCCGCAGAACCGGCCCAGCCGUACGGCGUAAGCAUGGUGAAGGGAUCCUCGGUGAACAACAAAGGAUGGGUAAAGCUACGCUCCGCCAACCCGCAAGACACGCCCGAUAUCAACUUCAACCACUACGCGGCGGGCGCCGAGUACGACAUGGCGGCCAUGAAGGACGUGAUCGCGUGGGUGCGCCGCAUCUACAAGUCCAUCGGGAUCAAGCCCGUGGAGCCGCCGUGCAACGCGGGCGUCGACGCGAACGGGGGCUGCGGCAAGGAAGACGAGGACUGGCUGCAUAAGCAGACGUUCGGACACCAUCCCACGAGCACGAACCGCAUCGGCGCCGACAAUGAUACCAUGGCCGUGCUCGACAGCAAGUUCCGCGUGCGCGGGGUCGCGGGUCUCAGGGUGGUCGAUGCGAGUGCUUUCGCGCGGAUACCGGGUGUGUUCCCUGUCGUGUCGACGUUUUUGAUCAGUCAGAAGGCGUCGGAUGAGAUGAUUGCUGAGGCGAAGGGUGGCAUGGCUCUUCAGCAGUGUUGAGGUGGAGGAGCACGCGAUAGUGCUGUGAUAGCGCAGGUUGAUUCUCAGCUACUCAAUCUUAUUGUAGUUUAUGAGUAGGUUUGUCAAGCUAAUGGAUGCGUCAGUAAUGCCUUUCCGUAUUUAAGUGCUCAGUACUGCAGAUAAUCAUCCGUUAUGAUCAGCUCGUUGAGCGUGGACUAUGAGAUAAACAUCGAAGCAUUUCACGUAGCCCCUUUUCACAAGACGAAUGACCAAUAGGGCAUUCCAGUGUUUUCGAUGUGUAGUACGAGGUUAUCGCAGAAAUAAAGUUACUGCUUUUACUGCGUACUUGGUAGGAAAGUUGUAGAUGUCUUAUUAUUUCCUUCACAGGUAGAUUUACCAUCGGCUCUGAUAAGUAUAAUGUUGAUUAUUCUUGAGCUUUGGAUCUCUUUGUCUACUGUAGUGCUGUAUUAGGG